GCUCGCCGCGCGGCCCGGCGACGGGGGAGUUCCCGUGAGUGGCCUCGCGCACAGAUCGCGCGGGGGGCUGUUCGGGUGGAGGCGGGGGAGCCGCCGGGACACCAAAAUAGGAGCUGCUUGUGGGGUGGAGCGGCACUAGCUGGCGGCCUCCGAGCGCCUCUUCCAAAGAUGGUCAGAGGGGCCGGAGGCGUCCUCGCUCCCGCUCGCUGCUAGCCCGCGGGCCAGCGCCGCGUCCCAAGCCCCGGCGGGAGCCAUGGCUCUAAAAGGACAAGAAGAUUAUAUUUAUCUUUUCAAGGAUUCAACACAUCCAGUGGAUUUUCUGGAUGCAUUCAGAACAUUUUACUUGGAUGGAUUAUUUACUGAUAUUACCCUUCAGUGUCCUUCAGGCAUAAUCUUCCACUGUCACCGAGCCGUUUUAGCUGCUUGCAGCAAUUAUUUUAAGGCAAUGUUCACAGCUGACAUGAAAGAAAAAUUUAAAAAUAAAAUAAAACUCUCUGGCAUCCACCAUGAUAUUCUGGAAGGCCUUGUAAAUUAUGCAUACACUUCCCAAAUUGAAAUAACUGAAAGAAAUGUUCAAAGCCUGCUUGAGGCAGCGGAUCUGCUACAGUUCCUUUCAGUAAAGAAGGCUUGUGAGCGGUUUUUGGUAAGGCACUUGGAUAUUGAUAAUUGUAUUGGAAUGCACUCCUUUGCAGAAUUUCAUGUGUGUCCAGAACUAGAGAAGGAAUCUCGAAGAAUUCUAUGUUCAAAGUUUAAGGAAGUGUGGCAACAAGAAGAAUUUCUGGAAAUCAGCCUUGAAAAGUUUCUCUUUAUCUUGUCCAGAAAGAAUCUCAGUGUUUGGAAAGAAGAAGCUAUCAUAGAGCCAGUUAUUAAGUGGACUGCUCAUGAUGUAGAAAAUCGAAUUGAAUGCCUCUGUAAUCUACUGAGCUAUAUCAACAUUGAUGUAGAUCCAGUGUACUUAAAAACAGCCUUAGGCCUUCAAAGAAGCUGCCUGUUCACCGAAAAUAAGAUCCGCUCCCUAAUAUACAAUGCCUUGAAUCCCAUGCAUAAAGAGAUUUCCCAGAGGUCCACAGCCACAAUGUAUAUAAUUGGAGGCUAUUACUGGCAUCCUUUAUCAGAGGUUCACAUAUGGGAUCCUUUGACAAAUGUUUGGAUUCAGGGAGCAGAAAUACCAGAUUAUACUAGGGAGAGCUAUGGUGUUACAUGUUUAGGACCCAACAUUUAUGUAACUGGGGGCUACAGGACGGAUAACAUAGAAGCUCUUGACACAGUGUGGAUCUAUAACAGUGAAAGUGAUGAAUGGACAGAAGGUUUGCCAAUGCUCAAUGCCAGGUAUUACCACUGUGCAGUCACCUUGGGUGGCUGUGUCUAUGCUUUAGGUGGUUACAGAAAAGGGGCUCCAGCAGAAGAGGCUGAGUUCUAUGAUCCUUUAAAAGAGAAAUGGAUUCCUAUUGCAAACAUGAUUAAAGGUGUGGGAAAUGCUACUGCCUGUGUCUUACACGAUGUUAUCUACGUCAUUGGUGGCCACUGUGGCUACAGAGGAAGCUGCACCUAUGACAAAGUUCAGAGCUACAAUUCCGAUAUCAACGAAUGGAGCCUCAUCACCUCCAGUCCACAUCCAGAAUAUGGAUUGUGCUCAGUUCCGUUUGAAAAUAAGCUCUAUCUAGUCGGUGGACAAACUACAAUCACAGAAUGCUAUGACCCUGAACAAAAUGAAUGGAGAGAGAUAGCUCCCAUGAUGGAAAGGAGGAUGGAGUGCGGUGCCGUCAUCAUGAAUGGAUCUAUUUAUGUCACUGGAGGAUACUCCUACUCAAAGGGAACGUAUCUUCAGAGCAUUGAGAAAUAUGAUCCAGAUCUUAAUAAGUGGGAAAUAGUGGGUAAUCUUCCCAGUGCCAUGCGGUCUCAUGGGUGUGUUUGUGUGUAUAAUGUCUGAUUGAAUCUGCAGAAAUGACCAAGCAAUCACUUUUUUGGAGUAUAGUUUAAAAGAAAAAGAAUGCAGGGUUUGAAGUUCCUUACCUGAUAAUUGUGUCUGGCACAUGAUAGGGGAUCAGUAAAUUGUAAUUCCUAACCCUACUGUACUCCCAAAUAUGGUGAUUCGUGGUCAAGAAAAGUCAUAUAUAUGUGUAUAUAUAUGUGUAUCUAUAUACGUAUAUAUAUGUGUAUAUAUAUACGUAUAUAUGUGUAUAUAUAUACGUAUAUAUGUGUAUAUAUAUACGUAUAUAUAUACACAGUUGAAUCAGUGGGAUUAAUACCUAUAAUCUCUGGUUUUCAAAGGUAAUAUGGAAUAUUUGACACUUGGUAAAAGGUGAACUACCUUUGUAGUGAAUCUUUUCCUCUUGGUAGCAUCAACACUGGGGAUAAAUCAGAACCAUUCUGUGGAAUGAAAUGUUUCUCAAGAGCCUAUAAUAUAGUAGAUAGUGCAUAUUAAGAUGUCUGGCUGAGCAUGGUGGCUCAUGCCUGUAAUCCCAGCACUUUGGGAGGCUGAGGCAGGAGGAUCACUUGAGCCUAGGAGUUGGAGACCAACCUGGUGAGACCCUGUCUCAAAAAAAAAAAAAAAAAAAAAAGAUUCCAUUUAGCUAGCAGGAAUUUGAAAUUUAAAGAGGGAAUCUUCUCUACCUCUACAAAAUCAACACUUAACACUUUUUUCACCUUCAGAAUUAUUUAGAGUGUAGAUUUACUUUGUCUAGUUUUUUCCUUUAUAGUGUAAUUUAUUGUUACUCUGUAUUUACUGACUACCAGAGAUAUACAAAAUACUGUGCAAAAGAUUGUUACUGUUCAAAGAGCUUACAAACUAAAUUUAAAAGAAUGGCAAGCCUGAAAAAUAAAUGAGAAAAUAGUCAAAUAUUUGUUUACGCUAAGGACUGUUUUUAAUUUUCAGCUUUGAUGUAAAUUGCUAGUUUAGGUGUCUUUAGUUCAAGCAUGUUAGGAAAUCCUCUUUAUUCUUAAAUAUAGAUACAUGUCUGCAUAUAUGAUUGAAUUUUAGAGCCAGAAAGCAUGUAGAGCAGUUGUGAUUAGUAGAAAAUACAUUGACAAGAAGAUAUUUGCAUUUAUUUCCCAAAGCUGCCACUAACUAGAUUUUGUGACUUAAGUCAUUUAACCUCUCCUUGAUUAGAGCUUCCUGAGCCAUGCACACUGGCACUGCAAAUCACAGACAGGCCUAGAUAUGGAUCCCCUCACCCCUUGCUACAUCCAAAGGUGGCCUGGGUGGCUGGAGCCUCUGGGCCAGAACCACCUUUGUCCAUUUUCCUCUGUGUGCCUACAGCAUCGCUUUCCAUGUGUGCCAUAACUUGGGAAUAGUUGGGAUGUGUUGCUUAACUCCUUUACACCAUUAGUUAUCUGUGAGACCAUCUAUUCCACACUCUUCAUUUUUUAAAAAGAGACAAUAAUUAUUUUUAACUUACUGAAGUUUAAAACUACCUAGCACUUCUGAUUAAAAAAAAAUUUAGAAGGAAAAUUUUAAUGCAUUUAUUUCAGAUGGCAUUUUAAAUAGAUACAACCCUUUGGAAACACAAUAUGGUACUACAUAGCAAGGGCUGUAAAAAUGACCAUAUCCUUUGCCCCAUAAAUUCUACUUCUAUACUUUUAACCUUAAAAAUAAUUCAGAAAAAAGAUAAAUGCAUGAAGAUGUUUAUGUCUGCAUUCUUCAUAAUAACAAAAAUUGGGGAAAAAAAUCUCCAUUUCAAGAAAGUGGGAUAAGAAAAAUAAUGAAGUAUUAUACUGCCAUUAAAAUAAUUAUUUGGAAGACUGUAGAAACGUGGACAUGUUUGAUAUGGUAAGUAAAAUGAGUACAAUACAAAAUAGUAUGCAUACUAUGAUUGUGACUUUGUAAAAUCUUUAUGCAUGUGGAAGGUAAUAUGCAAAACAAAUUCAUUGUGUUAGUGUAGCGGGAUAUGGAAUGACUUUAUUUAUUUAAAUCUUUUCUUUAAUAUUACUUUGUAUUUUCAAUAAAAAUAAAUCACUGUACAUAGUAA